AUGGCAAGCCCAGCGCCUCCAGUGUCCACCGCAAUCCCCAAUCUCAACUAUCAGCAGCCGCUAAACGCGGAAGAAAAGCACGCCCAAACCAAUCUCACAAAGCCCAAGCCCAAGCCCAAGACCCCUCAACCCAAGCCAAAACUACGCCUACACGUCGAAGACCUUCGCCACCCAGCUUCAAGUGUCUUCCUCGCCUUUAUCCCAGACAUCGGAUCAACACUAGACCAAGCCUUGGACAACAUAAUCAAGCACCUAUACACAUCGCCAGAGGUAGAGCCAGAAGCAAACACUUCCAAGGCUGCAAGACCAGCACCCUUUAUACCGCAUUUCACACCUAGCAUUCCAUCAACCCGCUCUGUGACGGUCUUCCUCCGCGAUUAUAGCGGUGUGGCUUAUACAACCGGUACCGAGCUAGAUGAUGCCCACAAAGAGAUUCAUGUCUCACUUCCUUAUGUGCAGUAUUGUACUUCCAAGGAUGAUCCGCUUCAUGAGUUAGUUGGGGUUCUUACGCAUGAGUUGGUGCAUUGUUAUCAGCAUACCGCUCCACCGGCCGCGGAUGACAAAGACGGCGAGGGCGAUGAUGAUGAUGGCGGUAUCCCGCGCCCGCCGGGUGGCUUGAUUGAGGGUAUUGCAGACUUUGUGAGAUUGAAGGCUGGACUUGAGCCGCCUCAUUGGAAGAAGCCUCAGUCUAGGAACGAGAGGGCUGAGAAGUGGGAUUCAGGGUAUCAGCAUACGGCUUACUUUUUGGCUUGGCUUGAGGAUGUACGGGUAGGAAAGGGGGCUGUUGGGAUGUUGAAUGAUCGGUUGCUGAGAGUUGGAUAUGUGGGCGAGGCAGAUGAUGACGGGGAGGAAGCUGUAGGUGGCCGUGUUGGAUUUUGGAAGGGCUUGUUCGGCAUUGGAGUGGCGGACUUAUGGGAGGAAUAUGGGUGUUAUUUGGAUGACCCAGCUGGUGCUGGGAGGAGUGGUGGGAAUUGGGAGGAUGAGAUUGUAAACCCGGAGUGA